AUGCAACCUACAACCAUUCCAAAUACCGUGGAGCUUGAAGAAGCCUCUUCCUCAGAUUCGAUUCCUGUUGGGAUCACGAGCCGUUUAUUCGUCUCACACUUCCUCUCAACAUGGAUUUCACGACUGUUCGAGAUGGGCGCUGUACUCUUCAUUGCUGCCAUCUACCCUAACACCCUACGGCCCUUGUCUAUCUAUGCGCUCGUGCGAAGCGACAGGCUUAGUGUUGUCAGAAUUUCCAUCGUAGGACAGCGGCUAGCAGUGGAGUCAUCAUGCGGCAUCUUCUGGAUUCUCCUUGUACGAAAAGAGAUGGCAAGCGGUCUCAGAUCCGGCCUAUUCAGUCUUACAGUAGUUUUUGCUUGCAUUGAGAAACUGUGCUCGAUCCUGAAUCUGGUGUCGGUGGAGAGAGACUGGUUAGUCGUCAUCUCAGAAGGACGUGAUGCAGCCCGUCGAAAGUUGAACGCUCGUAUGCGCCGCAUUGACCUGUUCUGCAAGCUGUUUGGACCUCUGGCAAUCUCUUUAAUAAACGGGUCAUCUCUCUGGGUCACUCUAGCGAUGAGUUGCGUUUCCGUUGUCGUGGAAUACUUUGCAGUCGCAGUCGUGUUUAGGCUGGUUCCGGCCCUUCAACGAGCAGAGUACCUGGAUGCGACUACUACGGAAGUUAUCGAGCAACAACAACCAUUGAUACAACCUGGCAGCUCCUCGCUGCCACGAAGGCUUUACAGCUCCCUUGUGACAGGAGCCGCUUACCUUCUACCUCUCGAGUCCUUUCCUUACUAUUACCAGCACUCGGCGUCUCUCCCAUCCAUCGCUCUAUCCCUGUUGUAUCUUACGGUGCUCUCGUUUUCCGGCCAAAUGAUCACAUUUCUCCUCAGUGUUGGCUAUUCGUCCACCUAUGUCGGCAUUGCUCGUACGAUCAGUACUGUUUUUGAACUCUCAGCAACCUGGAUAGCUCCUAUGGUUCAGCAACGUGUCGGCACUGUGCGAGAUGGUAUGUGGUUCCUUACGUGGCAGAUGUUUUGGCUUGCUGGCGGCCUGUCAUGGUUCUUUGUUAGUGGCACCGCCCUAACAGGACACAGGAUCUUCUCGGCAAGCGGGCUCGUUGGUGCUGUCAUACUCAGCCGCGUUGGUCUGUGGGGCUUCGAUCUUUGUGCACAGAGCAUCGUCCAGGAAGAGGUUAACGACCAUUUUCGAGGGGCGUUCUCAAGUGUCGAGGCAUCAUUCCAGAACCUUUUCGAGAUGCUGUCGUACAUGACAACAAUUGUGUUCUCGCGGCCGGAUCAAUUUGAAUGGCCUGUUGUUAUGAGCGUCAUUGCUGUCUAUGCUGCUGGGAGCACUUAUACCAUAUAUGUAAGGAAGAAGCGGGGUCAUCUAAUACAUGCUCCCAAUUGGGUUAAGUGUUAG